AUGCCAGGGCGAACCAUCACGUCCAUCUGUCUCGUCGUGGAGGAGAGCCCCGUGCCGCUCUACGUGGGCAGGGAGGACGGCUCCGUGGACCAUUACGUCUCCCCCGAUGCCGCGUGCUGCAGCAGAGCGGCCCUGACAUUCUAUGGCCACACCAAGGCCGUUACCGCCAUUGUGGCGCCGUCGCUCGACGAGGUCUACACAUGCUCAAUGGACGGCAGUGUACGGCAGUGGUCCCCCGACAGGGAGCUGGACGUGGCGAAGCGGUGCCUUCAGGUGUCGUGGCUGCCGACACCGCUGCGGUGCCUUGCGAUGAACGAGGGUAUCCUCUACACCGGUGGCGAUGACGGCUGCCUCCACCUAAUUGAAGGGACGAGGAGUUCCUCCUGGUCGGGGCAUAAGGACGCCCUCUCUUGCAUCGCUUUUGGCCCAGAGGACUCGCAGCUCAUCAUCACCGGUGGGUACGACAACCAGAUCCGUGUGUGGGACGCCAAGUUAGGCAAGACGAUUCGGCUUCUUAUCGGUCACCUUAAUCAUGUGAAGUGUCUUCGCAUUGCUGGAGGAGGGGAGUUACUCUUCUCCUUUGGGCGUGAUUUGACAAUGAAGAUAUGGCGCCUGCCGGAGCACGGCGAUGAGGCAGAAGAGGAGGCGCCUCUCACACCCAGCGAGGCGAACCGCCACGCCACUGUCUCCUUUCAGGAGCCGACGGACAGCAAGAACACCACAAAUAACAACAGCAAGACUGCCGAGGCGCAGGAGGCACAGUCGGACACCGAACCGCCUCCAGACAACGAACCCCCAGCGGCUGUGGACCAGUACCGUGCGGCGGCGCAGCUGGCAGCAGGAGUGAAGUCUGCCCUUAAGGCGCGACCUGAUCCGCCGAUACGGCAGCUGUAUCCGGUUGGCACGAUUGAGAUUCCUGAGGCGCCGCACGUGGUGGCCGCCAUACGCGACGAGGCGGCGUACUGCUACGUUGGCACCUCGGAUGGAUAUGUGCUCGGCAUAAACGCGCGCGCAUUGUCACGGUCAGUGCUGCAGUUCCUCUCGCGCAACGCGGUGCGGGUGCGGGCUGACACACGUGAGACUCGCACCACACUCCGCCUCGCGACGCGUGCUAUCAAGCGACGCUGCAAGAAGGCCAUCCAGUUGAAGCAGCGGGAGCUACUACGCAUCGCCAAGAAGGCCAGGGCGGUGAAGAAGGCAGAGGAGCGGAAGGAGCGCGCCGCUGCACGUGCUGUUGCACGCGCGGAGAAGGCCGCUGCGCGUGCCGCCGAAGACGACGAGGAGGAUGAGGAGGAGGAUGAGGAAGAAGCGGAAGAGGACCCCGAAGAGGACGAACAGCAGGAAGAGGACGAAGAGGACGAGCAGGAGGAGGAGGACGAGGAUCCACUCGCCCUGUUAGACGACACCCAGCGCGAGGAACUGAAGACAUUCCGCCAGGAGCAGGAGAAGGAGCGCGACGACGAGAUCACGAAGCUGCGCGACGCCGCGACGGAGCGGAAGGCGGUUGUUGGUGCAAUCGCCGCGGCCACGUACGACACCGCACGCGAUCAGUUCUUCCGGCUGAGCUUCACGAGCUACAAGAAGAUCGGUAGUGAGGCAGUUCAGGCGGUGGUGGUGGCGCCAGGAGGUGUCUGCUGCGCUGCCCAGUCGGACCGCAUCGUUGCCGUAGACAUCACCCCCGGCAUCACGUACCUGUAA